AUGUUACUUCUAAAAAUUCUUUGGAUUUUAAUUUUUAUUGUUCUUAACAUCUCAUGUUCAAUGUAUUAUUUAAAUGAUUUUCAUACCGACUAUCCCGAUGCACAUGUUAUACUUGCUAAUUGUGGUGAUACAAUAUCACUUUCUUGUCCUACAGAAUCCGAUAAUGAUCUUAUUCGAUCAACAUCUACAAUACCAGCAAUGUGGUUUCGUUUAUAUGAAAAUGCUUAUCCACAAGCUUUAAUACUUGGUGAUCGUCAAUUAAUCGAUGAUCAACGUUUUAUGUUACGUACACAAAAUAAUGAUCGUCAUCUUGAAAUAGUCGGUGCAAGAAAAGAUGAUCAAGGUUAUUAUAUAUGUAAGACAGGAACUGUAAUUCGAUCAAGUUAUAAUUUAACAAUUAUAACUAAUACAUGUAUUGAUAUAAUUCCGAAUGAUAUACAUGUAAAUAUAAAUGAAGCAAUUCGUCUUAUAUGUCGUAUACGUUCAACAGAUGCAUUUAAUGAACAAAAUCUACGUGUACAAUGGACACGUAAUGAUUAUCCAUUAAUAAAUAUAGCUGAAAGUCUUUCGAAUUAUUCUUCAAUUGAUGGAACACUUUAUGAAACAUUAAUUAUACGAAAAGCACGAAAAAUUGAUACCGGAAUAUAUACAUGUCGAUAUGGUGAAUAUUUAACUGCAACAGCUCAUGUUAUUGUCAACCAAUAUCCUGGUGGUAGUAAAUCUCGUCGUUUAAUAUCACAUAUAACAAAUAACAGUUCAUUAUUAAAAGCAUCUUUACGAACAGUAGUCUGUUUUUUUUAUAUUGUAUAUCAAAUUGUUUUUGUCUUAUCAUCGUAA